AGAAGGAGAAAUCUUAGCGCGCAUUGUGCGAGCAUGCUCGGCACUCCAUGCUAUGGGAUGAUUACGUCAUGACGGGCGAUGUUCGGCACUCCACGCUGAAGGGUUGCCUUUACCCAGAUGCAAAACUUGGACGUUCGCCCUCCGGUUCACCGUACAACCUUCCUGUGUUCUUACAAGUUUUGCUUUUUCUAUUUGUGGAAAGCCAUGUUUUGUCCAGACACGCCAGGCAGAUACAGAGCAUAAGAAGAAAUAUCCCAAUAAACACUGGAAGAAACAAAAUUCGGAGUGGAGAGAAAAGAAAUUCUACCACAGGAAGCUCACAAAGUAAACGUUACGAUUCAUCAAAUGCACAGAGAAGGAGGAAGACUUCAGAUCCAGCUUCAAGAUCUAGUUACGAUUCAUCAAAUGCACAGAGAAGGAGGAAGACUUCAGAUCCAGCUUCAAGAUCUAGUUACGAUUCAUCAAAUGCACAGAGAAGGAGGAAGACUUCAGAUCCAGCUUCAAGAUCUAGUUACGAUUCAUCAAAUGCACAGAGAAGGAGGAAGACUUCAGAUCCAGCUUCAAGAUCUAGUUACGAUUCAUCAAAUGCACAGAGAAGGAGGAAGACUUCAGAUCCAGCUUCAAGAUCUAGUUACGAUUCAUCAAAUGCACAGAGAAGGAGGAAGACUUCAGAUCCAGCUUCAAGAUCUAGUUACGAUUCAUCAAAUGCACAGAGAAGGAGGAAGACUUCAGAUCCAGCUUCAAGAUCUAGUUACGAUUCAUCAAAUGCACAGAGAAGGAGGAAGACUUCAGAUCCAGCUUCAAGAUCUAGUUACGAUUCAUCAAAUGCACAGAGAAGGAGGAAGACUUCAGAUCCAGCUUCAAGAUCUAGUUACGAUUCAUCAAAUGCACAGAGAAGGAGGAAGACUUCAGAUCCAGCUUCAAGAUCUAGUUACGAUUCAUCAAAUGCACAGAGAAGGAGGAAGACUUCAGAUCCAGCUUCAAGAUCUAGUUACGAUUCAUCAAAUGCACAGAGAAGGAGGAAGACUUCAGAUCCAGCUUCAAGAUCUAGUUACGAUUCAUCAAAUGCACAGAGAAGGAGGAAGACUUCAGAUCCAGCUUCAAGAUCUAGUUACGAUUCAUCAAAUGCACAGAGAAGGAGGAAGACUUCAGAUCCAGCUUCAAGAUCAAGUUAUGAAUCACCAUACAUACAGUGGAGAAGGAAAGCUACCGAUCCAGCUCCAAUACAAUCUUAUAGAUCACCAUAUGCACAAAGGAGCAGGAAGACUGGAAAUUCAACUGCUACAGCUCCUAGUUCAAACACAACCUCAGAACCUUUCUUGGACGAGAAAGAGCUGAAGCACUUGGAAGUACUUUAUAUGGCCAAAAAGAGGACAUUUUAUUCGAUGAAGAUAGAGUUGGUUAGGAAACAGAAUAAACUCAUAAAAUUUUACUUCAGCCUUGCUAAACUUCAUCAGAGGAUACUCAAAACAACAGGAAAUGAUAUAGGUCUUGUACAGAAAAUUAAAAUAAUUAAAUUCUGUACCGUGUGUACUGCACAGCCUGAAGACUUAGAACGCUGCGACAAAACAACAGAUGAAAGGUCAAAGAGAGUCAGGUUCAGUCUUGAUGCCAUCACAGGUGAUAACCUCCCUGGGCUUGAAGAUACAGAUCUGACCGAACAACCGCAGUCAGACGCUGAUGAAGUGGAGAGUACGCAGGACAAGGGCAGGAACAUGGAGGAGAGUUCAGAGGACAUUCAAUUAAGAAAUGCAGAACAGAAAUUAAUUGAAUCACAGCAAAAUCUGUAUAGAGGCGAAUAUGAAGUGGAACAGGAUUCUAGUAACUACAAGGAAAAGGAACUGAUAAAGAACGGGGCUGCAGAGGAAGAAUGGAAAGAAAUUAAUAAGGAAGAGGACCACCCUGACUUGAGCGAAUUACAAAAUGCUCUGAACGAAAAACGAGAGAGGGAAUACACAGAUAACUUCCUGAACGACAAAAAUUACCUCCUCAAGAAGUCGGAAGUCACAAAGCUUGAGAAACAGGAGGAGAAUCUGACAGAAGAGGAUGAAACCAAAUAUUCAUCUCCAACAGCUGAAGGAAGGAAGAGACGAUGGACUAAUCUGUUCAAGAUAAAAAGCUGGAAAAUAUGGAAGAGAAAGGAGAAAAAUUCCAAACACCCUUCAACGGAUACUGAAAUGACGGCUACUAAAUCAGAAGAGUUACGUCUGUUCAUGAAGGCUGAAAAAGAUUAUUCGAAGAAUGACUGAAUCUCUGGAAUGUUGUGCUGCGAGUCUAGUUAAAGUUCGUACUGACAUCUCAAAGGAGCUUAGUGCCUCCAUCAUCAGGGUGAUGAAUAAGCUGUGGAUAAAAAAUUGGGUUCAGAUAUUGGAACAGGUUGGGUGGAUCAAGGCUGUCCUCAGGAGUUCUUCCAUGGUGUGGAGAAUUCCCCAGCUGUCUUUUGAGCGAAAUGGCCAGAUGUUGAAAGAAGUGGCUGGGGAGGGCGGGCAGAGAACUGAUGGCCUCCUGCUAAGUGACGUGGAGAAGGCUCUCAGUUCUCUGCCAGAAUCAUAAGCUGAGGAAGUCUAACAGGGGACUGCUGGAACUCUGAAGGCCACCAGUAAGCCCAAGCUUAACCUGUACAGAGCCAAGUUUCUACAUUUAUCGACCAUUUUCCUUCCAUAUCCCAACCAUUUACUAUCCUGAUGAUGGAGACAGUAAGCAUCUUUGAAACAUCAGUGAAUUUUGACCAGACUACAUCGUACAACAUCCCAGAAACCAUUCAUCUAACUCAGUGGUUCUGAACCUUUUCUUAUUUACACAUCAGUAAAGAGAAGUGUCAGUUUGUGAGGACUAACUUCUGCAUAUUUUACAGAAAAAAUAUUAGUCAUAAAAUUAAAUUAUUAGUAGCAUGUUAAAAUAUGUUUAUUUUCAACCAGCUGACCUUGUGGGAGGAAUAUAUGUGAAGUAAUUUGAAUAA